UGUUAGCAGCGUGUUACUGAUGGAAGUUGGACAAAUGGUCGGUGUUAUUCCGGACUGCAGGUGUAACAGAGUCACUAGAAGAUGUCUUCAUUAGUGGCCUACGACGACUCGGGGUCAGAGGAUGAAUCCUCAGCUUCUGUUCAAACUGGAUCUAGUGAACCAAGCCAGGACGUUGUGUUGUAUAGUAACUCAAAGGUGACACCCAGCGCUCAGGGGUUUCACCCAGCCCCCGACUGGACAUCGUUGGAACAUCAUGGAAAUAUCUCAGAACGAAGCAGCUCCUCCCUGCACCCCCAUCAACACCACCAUCAGAGGACGACAUAUUGCAACAGCAGGGCAGCACAAUAUAAGCAGUUUGGAGAUACUGCAGCUCCUCUGAGUUUACCUGCGACUCAGGAGAAGAUCUCUCUGCUCCAGUCUCCUCCUCACAUGCCACAAAGCUUUGCUGAUGGAUUGAACCAGGCAAAAAGACACCACAGUGUCCCGUAUGGUAUCAGACCGUACGUCCCCAAGAGACAGAGACUCGCCACUUCAGUAGAGACUUGUGACCCAGAGUUAUCAGCAGAACAGGUCCCAGGGAAUCGGGCCGGGGAAAGCCAAGUUCUCUUAGAUGUGUCGGCAAGGGUGAAGCCGUAUCUCACUCAGAAGCCCGACGCGGCGGGGAUCCCGAGGAGGCUUCUGAUGAGACUGGGAGGCCACCAGGGCCCAGUCAACACUGUGCAGUGGUGUCCUGUGCCUCAUCUCAGUCAUCUGCUGCUGUCUGCCUCCAUGGACAGGACUUUCAAGGUGUGGGAUGGAGCGGAGAGCGGACGGUGCCUCAGGGUUUACACCUGCCAUUCGGGAGCCGUGCGCGACGCCUGCUGGACCCCCUGCGGGCGACACCUCCUCACUGGGUCAUUCGACAACACGACUGGGAUCACAGACGUGGAGACGGGGCAGCAGAAAGUGAAAUUUGACAACCAGUUCAAGGUGAUGUGUGCGGUCCUGCAUCCCAGCAGCCCAGACGUGUUCCUGUGCGGAGGUCACAGUUCAGUGGUGAACGCCUGGGACUCUCGCAGCAGCAAGAUGGUUAAAACGUACAAAGCAGGGAUCCAGCAGACAUUGGACAUCCUGUUCCUCAGAGGCGGUUUGGACUUCAUAACAACUUCUGACUGUGUGAGCAGAGACUCUGCGGACCGGACCCUCAUCGCCUGGGACUACCAGACAGCAGCCAAGCUGUCCAAUCAGAUCUACCAUGAGCGGUACACGUGCCCCAGCCUGGCUCUCCAUCCGCUGGAGGACUCCUUUGUGGCCCAGACCAAUGGGAACUACAUGGCGGCGUUCUCCUCCCAGCAGCCGUACAGAAUGAACAAGAGGCGACGAUACGAAGGACACAAGGUGGAGGGGUAUGCGGUGCAGUGUGGGUUUUCUCAGGAUGGAACUAUCCUCGCCUCGGGGAGCGCCACCGGCUGCGCUCACUUCUACGACUACCACACGGCUCGGGCGCUGCACACGCUGCGGGCCCACAGCCAGCCCUGUCUGGGCGUGGCGCAGCAUCCCGUCCUGCCCGCCACUGCCGCCACCUGCGACUGGGCCGGGGAGAUCAAGGUCUGGCACUGAGGACGGUGAAGGGACAUGAGAAUAUGAAGCGCGGGGAUACAAAUUAAGACGGGUUUGCCAAGAUGAAGAUUGUAUUAAACUCGUGUGCACAUCCAUCCUCGAGACUUGAGCCCCCUUAAUCCGCUGGUAUAGGAUGAUAAGAACUUUAUCCACUGCCUUUGGAAAACAGUUUUUAUUACUGUGUAAUUGUAAAACCUCCCACACUCUCAUUCCCAUUGAUAUGAACUGAUCCUAUUGUGUUUACAUGUUUUUUCUAUAUUUGGUCCAACUUGUAUUGUUUUAAAAUCCUGAAAUCAGGAGGAGUCACACUGGGAGAAGUCAAAUGAAGUUUCUUUACAGUUCAAAGAC